CUCUCUGAAAAAAUCAAAUAUUCCAAAAAAUCAAAAUGCAAGUCUCAGCAAUCAAUCAGCAUCAUCCAAGUACCCAACCUUAAUUCUCAUCUCAUCUCUCUCUUUCUUCAAAUAAACACACACUCUCAAGUCCUAACUCUCUGUCAGUGUUCUCUUUCUCUUUUUCUCUCUCUCUCUCUCUCUGGCGGAAGGUGAACGUGAAUCCUGCUACUUUUGCGCGUGUGCAUUGUCCCUUGUUUCUUUCAACAGCUGGAACUGCUUAUUACUGUAGCACUAACACACUCCUUUCUUCUUCAACUCACUAACCCUCCACCACCAACAACCACCCCCUUUUGCAACCACACAUACCGAACCCAAAAAUUGAAACUUUUCAUAAACCCCAUCACGAAAGUUAUAAUCUUUUUUCCAUAUAAUUGAACUGAAUUGUGAAUUCAAAAGAAGAAACUUCUCACUUUUCAGUUUCCAUAAACCCCAUUACAAAAGUUUGUUUUGUUUUUUUUUUCCUUUUUUUCACAUAAUUGAGGUGAAUUGUGAAGAAGAUGGGUGCAGGGGACUACUACAAGGUUCUGAAGGUGAAUCGUCACGCCACGGAAGAGGAGCUUAAGAAAGCAUACAAGAGGCUUGCAAUGAAGUGGCAUCCAGAUAGGAACCACCAUCAAGAAGUGAAGAACAAGGAAGAAGCUGAAGCAAAGUUCAAGCAGAUAUCUGAGGCCUAUGAUGUCUUGAGUGACCCCAAAAAGCGCCAGAUCUAUGAUUUCUAUGGCCACUACCCUCUCAAUUCCAUGAAGGUUAACAAAAAGGAACAAGACUAUGAUGGUAGAAAUAAUAAUGUGAAGGAGGAGAAAGCAGGGGUGGUGGUUGAGACCAAACUUGUGUGCACCCUUGAGGAGCUUUACAAAGGUUGUAGGAAGAAGUUGAAGAUCUCAAGAAAUGUUGUUGAUGAACUCGGCAGCAAGUUGAAGUGUGUGGAAGAAACCUUGAAGAUAGACAUUAAACCAGGUUGGAAAAAAGGAACAAAGAUAACAUUCCCUGGAAAAGGAAACCAAGAACAAGGAGGGUCUCAACCUUCUGAUCUAGUCUUUGUAGUGGAUGAGAAACCACAUGCUGUGUUCAAGAGAGAUGGAAAUGACUUGGUGAUCACACAGAAGAUCUUGCUUGUGGAGGCACUCUCAGGGAAGACACUCAACUUGACAACCUUGGACGGAAGAGAAAUCGCCAUCGAAGUGACCGAUGUUGUGAAACCGAGGCAUGUUAUGGUGGUCCCAAAUGAAGGGAUGCCAAUUUCUAAAGAACCAGGGAAGAAAGGAUCCUUGAGAAUCAAGUUUGAUGUUAUGUUCCCUUCAAGGCUUUCCACACAUCAGAAGCAUGAGCUUAAGAAGAUUAUGAGAAAGGAUUAUAAACUGUCAUCAUGAACAUGAUAUAUAUAUAUAUAAAUAUAAAUAAACUAAUUCUCUCAAUCUUUUAUUACUUACACUGUAUAUAUAUGUAAUGUAAUUUCCAGCUCUAGUCUUGAAGAAAUUGUGCAUAAUACUAAUAAACAAGGCAUGGUUGGUUGCUGCUACCCAGGUUUUGAAUUGAUAGCAGAAAAUCGUUGGUGUGUGAAAAACUUUUUGUGAUUGUAACUUGAGAAUUGGUCUAUUAAGGUAGUUAAUUAUAGUUAUAUUGUAAUUUACAUAAAUAAGUGUAACACCACAAGUGGCCUUGGAUUUUGUUUUAUUAAUAUUAUUAUAAGUUAGAACACGUUGUUACUUGCUAUGUGUAAAGUGUGUAUGGUUCAUCUUAUGAGUGGUUUCAGUUAAAGAAGUUAUAGGCUUCUUAUUUAGUUUCUCA